AUGGCGCAUCAUGGCUACAUCAACUUGUUGAUCGAUCGCAUGACACUAAACAAACGUGUGAGCUUUGGCAAGAUGGGUGUGGACAUCUUGAGCGCACUCUCAACCGUGCACACCGUCGCGCAGUUCAAAGUGUUUGAACAACGUCAAAAGCCUCUGUUGCGAAUGUAUGCCAAAAAGGUGGUCGAUUCAGUGGCCGCAUGCAAUCUCGACGUGCUGGUGUAUGCUUCAAAGAGCUAUGGCGCCACGACCAAUGCAAUUGACCAGGCUGCGACCAAAGGACGUCUGGAGAAUGUUCAAUACCUGCACGAACACCGCCAAGAGGGUUGCACAGCCAAGGCAUUAUGCGAAGCUUCACUCAAUGGCCACCUCGCCACGGUCAUGUACCUUCAGCAGCACUACCCCACCAAGUGGUCUACCGCGGCCAUGGACAACGCAGCAACGAGUGGACACAUCGAUAUUGUGACGUACCUUCACGAGCAGGGUCUCACGUGCACAAUCUCGGCGAUGAACAACGCCGCAGCUAAUGGACACUUGGACGUGGUCAAGUUCCUCCACGAAAACAGGACAGAGGGCUGCACCUACGCGGCCAUGGACAACGCAUCUGAGGCGGGACACCUCAACGUUGUGCGCUUCCUUCACGAGAACAGGACAGAGGGCUGCACGUCAUUUGCGUUGUUAUGCUCAAGCAACAAGUGCAAGGAUGGUUCGAUCACACGCUUCCUGCUGGAGAACAGGACUGAGGGCGCGUUGUCCUCGCCACUCUACUGGGCUAUCAAGAGUCGCUCACUGGAGUCGAUCAAAGCGCUGCUCGAGGGGCAUCCCAAUGCGCAGCGCGAAUGCUAUCGUGAGAUGGCCAACGCCAUCAUGACCGACGACCUUGGCAUCAUACAAGAGGUGUUCACACGCGCUGAGCGCAGCGACAAUCCGAUGUUUGUCAAAAGUCUUGCACACGCGUAUCAACAAUCUGCCUACACCAGCUUUCAAUCAUUCAUGUGGAUGCGCCAGCACUACUGGAAGUCACAUCUCAGUCUAAUGGAUCGACCCGUCUCAGUCGGACAGUUUGCAUUACAAUAUGGCAUGGUGGAUACGUUACGCUACUUGAUUGAUGAGGUGAAGGAGUUCACGGUGGAUGAUAUAGAAGACUAUCGCUUGGAGAAUGCUGUGAGAUGUGGAAGAUUGGAGACGGUCAAGUUCAUAUACUCACGCACGUCCAAGCAUUUGGGACGCGCGCGUAUAAUGGACACGGCGGCAGAGCAUGGACGACUUGGAAUUGUACAAUUAUUACACGAACAAAAAGCAUCGUGUACUCGACUGGCCAUUGAUCAGGCAGCAUUGAAUGGACAUCUACAAGUUGUCCAAUACCUACUUGAGAACAGGACUGAAGGAUACCAGAACGCACUCAAGAAUGCACGAACCAAUCAUCAUCACGACAUUAUCAAGUGCAUCAACAAUCAUCGUCGUCGUAGUCCAUGUCCAUCACUCACUCACACUCCACUCCCAAUCAAUCAACCAAUCAAUCAAUGA